UCGUCAUUGUGGCAGAAGGAGGUAUGUUAUGGUAAGAUGUGGACAUUUACGGACCGAUGCCACGUUGUAAAAAAGUGAAAAUUUGGGACGGUCUUUAAACUUGAGAUAUGUUAACCUGCACGUUAUGAUGCAAUCCGAUACCUAACUAGUUUGCUCCAAUUUAUAGUCAACCUCGACUCAGGAAGACGGCUUGCUUGAUCUCUGGACACUCACAUCAGCAAGGCUAAUGUUUAAUUUACAGUCUGUAAAUUAGUUGACCAGUCUGCAGCGCAAUGUGCAAUGUGAAAUAUUUGUGAAGCAGUUCUUCGUAAGAUCCUGACUAGGUCUGCCAUGAAUUGAGUUUUCGAGGGAGUUAUGUAGCCUACAAGCCGACUACUUUACUAAGCCAGACGUUUUAUUUUCCUCGAUCCUGGUGUACAUACAGAUCUGGACGACAUCAGGACAUUAUGGAGCUCAAAGGCCUUCUGAGGAUCUGCCCACAGGUGUCCCUCCUACUGCUCCUUGUCACAUUUAGCGAUUUCACUCAGGCUGAUGUUGACAGAAAACCCAACUUCGUCCUGAUGAUGGUGGAUGAUCUGGGGAUUGGGGAUGUGGGUUGCUAUGGCAAUGACACUAUAAGGACCCCUCACAUAGAUCGUUUGGCAGAAGAGGGGGUGAAGCUGACUCAGCACAUUUCUGCUGCUCCUCUCUGCACCCCUAGCAGGGCUGCCUUCAUGACUGGACGCUACGCUCUACGCUCAGGCCUGGGCAGCACAGGUCGUGUACAGGUGUUGCUGUUCUUGGCGGGUUCGGGGGGGCUGCCGCCUACUGAGACCACCUUUGCCAAGAGACUGCAGGAGCAAGGAUACACCACUGGCCUCGUGGGUAAGUGGCAUCUGGGAGUAAACUGCAAGAAUAGAGGGGACAACUGCCACCACCCUAACAACCAUGGCUUUGACUUCUUCUAUGGCUUGCCCUUCACACUAUUUAACGACUGUCUACCUGGUGCCGGGAAUGACGUCUUGGCCGACCUGCAGGACACACUCUGGCAGCUGUCACUGCUGGGGGGGCUGGCCCUUCUCACUCUGGUGUGUGUGCAUGCCAGUGGCCUGUUGGAAGUCAGUAUGUGGCUGAUCCUAGCCUUAAGCUCUCUCAGUAUGCUGGCGUUCAUGGUGUGGUUCGUGCCCUUUAAACUCCUGCCCACCUGGAACUGCAUCAUCAUGAGAAACCAGGAAGUGGUAGAGCAGCCCAUGAACUUGGACACCCUGCCCCAGAGGCUGCUGGGAGAGGCCCAGGGAUUCAUAGAGAGAAACGCAGACCGCCCCUUCUUGUUGUUCCUGUCACUAGCCCAUGUGCACACCCCCAUGUUCUCUACUCCUGCCUUCAAAGGACACAGUCGCCACGGUAGCUAUGGAGACAAUGUUGAGGAGUCGGACUGGAUCAUUGGCCAGGUAACUGAGAUGGUGGAUAGUUUGGGGCUGGCCAGCAACACUCUUAUGUACUUCACCUCCGACCAUGGAGGACACAUAGAGGAUCAACAUGGAGGCUGGAAUGGAAUAUACAAAGGGGGUAAGGCAAUGGGGGGCUGGGAGGGGGGCAUUCGAGUACCAGGCAUAUUUCGCUGGCCUGGCAGGCUGCCGGCGGGGAAGGCAGUAGACGAGCCCACCAGCCUCAUGGAUCUGUAUCCCACCCUAAUCAAUCUUGCCGAGGCCACGCCCUCAGACAGGCUUCUGGACGGUUAUGAUCUGAUGCCUUUGCUGGAGGGGAGGACGAGGCGUUCAGAACACAAGUUCAUGUUCCAUUACUGUGGGGUCUACCUCAACGCUGUGCGCUGGCACCCGCCCGGAAGUGACUCCAUCUUCAAGGCACAUUUCUUCACCCCCAACUUCUCCCCCACUGGUGCCGGUGGCUGCUAUAACACCAAGGUGUGUCUCUGUCACGGAGAUCACGUGACCCACCAUGACCCCCCACUCCUGUUUGACCUCCACGCUGACCCCUCAGAGACAAGUCCCUUGACUCCAGCCAGCGAGCCUCGCUAUGCUGAGGUCUUGGAACAGACCGCCAAAGCAGUGGAGCAUCACAGCAAAACCAUCACACACUCUCCUCCACCGGCACACACACAUACAUCUGACCCAGCCCCUAGCCAGCUGUCCUGGGAGAAGAUCCUGUGGAGACCUUGGCUUCAGCCCUGCUGUGGAACCUUUCCCUUUUGUGGCUGUACAGAGAACUCUACACAAGCCUGACCUAACACAUUCACUUUCACUGACAUAACACACACACGCAUACAUACAUUUCUGUCUCCGCCAAGCCAGGGUGUGCCUCUGUUGCAGGAAACAGUUGAACAUUCCUGAGCUGUGAAGUGAAAGAUGAAGCUAUUUAAUUGUUGUUGUGUUUUAACUAGAGAAGUUAUAUACCCAGAAAAAGGGUUUCAAGUUUAACCUUUUUCUAGUGUUUUUUUUUUUGUACAAUAAGAUUUUUGGGGUGAAAAAAAUGUAAAUUGUGACAGGACCUUUUGAUAAAGGAAAAAACUAA